AUGAAGCCUCAGCCAGUGAACUAUACAUGGGUGAACAUCAUGUCAGAUGUGGAUUGGGAGGGUGUGGAUGUGCAGGACUCAUUAGGCACAGCACUGGCAAUGGCAGUAGAGGAAGAUGUGUGGCCUGCUGUUGGUCUUGCUGACUUUCUGGACAUGUCAAAAAAGGGCAAAGGGAAGAUGAAGGUCGGGUUUAGUGGUGGUGAUGGAGAGACACAGGGGAAAGUCAUGCCAUUCGAGAAUACACCUCAAGUUUUCAUCUGUGGAGGUGUGCUUGAGCAUGGUGAGAUGGUUGUGUCCAGAAUAGCUUAG